AUGCAGGGCGGUGCAAACCCGUUGGUUCAAGCGGGAAUGCUUCAGCAAAGUAUGCGCACUCAGUUUGCCCACGGAGAAGACCGUGCAGUGAGCCAGCGGAGCAACCAUGGCGUGAGCUACCGGAGUCAGAAUGAGCGCGACUUCGGCAGCCCCGACUACAGCAAUGCCGACUCCGACAGCCCAGGAAUGGGCCCCUCAGGAAUGGGCUCUUCAGGAAUGAGUCCCUCAGGAAUGAGCCCCUCAGGAAUGAGUCCUUCAGGAAUAGGUCAUUCAGGAAUGGACAGCCCUGCCAUGGGCUUGCACAGAUUCGACAGUGGCAGCGAGGACAACGAUUCCGUGGAUAAGCGUAGCUUGGACAGUCACAGCAUGAACAGCCGCAGCUUGGACAGUCGUAGCCAGGCCAGUCGCAGCGUGGACAAGCGCAGUCUUGCUAGCCGGAGCGCAGACAAGCAAAGCCUUGCUAGCCGCAGUGUGGACAAGUGUAGUCUUGCUAGCCGCAGUGUGGACAAGCGUAGCCUCGCUAGCCGCAGUGUGGACAAGCGUAGCCUCGCUAGCCGCGGUGUGGAUAAGCAAAGCCUCGCUAGCCGCAGUGUGGAUAAGCGUAGUCUGGCUAGCCGCAGUGUGGGUAGCCGCAGCAUGGACAAGCACGACAUAAACUUCCACGACUUGAAUUCGAACAACUUGAGUUCACGCAACUUGAAUUCGAACAACUUGAAUUCGCACAACUUGAAUUUGCAGAACAUGGCUGGUGUUGAGAUGAGUCCACUGAGCGUGAGUCGGCUGUUGGCUCGUGAAGAUGAGUUGGAGCGAGAGCUGGAGCGCGCGCGGGCCUUGGAGCGGGAACAGGAGCGUUGUCGUCAGGAGAUGGAGCGCCAGUUUGAGCGUACGGCGGCAUUGGAGCGACAGCAGAGCAUGCUGAGAGCCCAGCAGGGUGAUAUGCAGCGGGAGCAGCAUCAGAGGCUGCAGCAGGAGUUGGCGGCCCGGCAGGAGGAACAUGACCGCGAGUUGGCGGAGCAUGCGAACAAGUUGGAGGAGCAGAAGCGGGCGCUGGAGGAACACCAGAGGACGUUGGAGGAGCGUCAGAGAGAGUUGGAGCGUCAGCUGGAGCGCAACCAAGAGUUGGCGCGCGACCACGAGGAGUUGGAGCGAGACCACGCGGAUGAGUUAGAGCGUCAGCUGGAGCGGAACCGCGAGUUGGAGAGAGAACAUGCGGAGACGCAGGCGGUGUUGGAGCGGCAGUUAGAGCACACACGCGAGCUGGAACGGGAACAGGAAUUGCAGCGCGAGAAGGCGGCUGCGGAGGAGCGUGAGGCAGAGCUCCAACGGACCGAAGAGAGAGAGCGGCAGCUGCGGGACGCGAGGCUGGAGGAGAAGCGCCGUCGCGAGGAAGCGCGCAAGAGCAAGUGGGAGAAACAGAUUGCACUGAAGGAGGAGAUUGGGCUGAUCGACCAGGAGAAGGCCCGGCUCGAAUCUGGCCAAAAAUGGCUCAACAGUGAGCAUGAGCGGAUCAACAGAUAUGCCAAGAGGCUCGACGAUCUGGAAGAAAGCCUGCAGAAAAGACGCGAAGAUACCGUCACCCCCCAGGAGGAACUGGACCAAAAAGAAGCCGUUCUCAACGACCGAGAAGAGGAGAUCGUCGCCCUCAAAAAGGAGGUAGGCAACCUGCAAACGCAAGUACAAGCCCAAUGGGUAGAAGUCUACGUCGAAGAACAGAAGCUACAAGCCGCCCAAUCGCGCCAAGCGGCCCGCCUCCGAGAAGAGCAACAGAAACAAGCCCAGCGGGAAACCAACCAAACCAAGUUCGUCCCUCUUAUGGACGGCUCCACUCCCGCCUACGUCCCCUCAAGCAAUGACCAGGCAACUAUUAUACCCUCUGUCGUCCUUGUGCCGUCCGUUGCGCCCCAGUGCGACCUCCUGUGGCAAACCACAGGAACCGUUAUGGUACCCAACCAGAAAAGGAUGAAUCCGAAUUUCUAA